GCGUUCGCCCUCCGAAAAAAUCUUGGAAAACCAUUGUUAAUUUAUCUGGUGGUGAGAAGACAUUAUCAUCCCUGGCACUUGUAUUUGCUCUCCAUUACUACAAACCAACAUCAUUGUACGUCAUGGAUGAGAUUGAUGCUGCUCUCGACUUCAAGAAUGUCUCAAUUGUUGCCCACUAUAUUAAGGAGCGCACAAAGAAUGCCCAGUUUGUCAUCAUCUCACUACGAUCACAGAUGUUUGAGCUAGCAGACAGGCUAGUCGGAAUCUACAAGACAUACAAUACCACAAAGUCUGUAACAAUCAAUCCUUCCAAAAUUGGCGGAAAAAUUAGUAGUGACAACAGUGAGAAAUCCAACACUGGUGCUGCUGUGAGCCAGACACAGCACUUCCAGCUUUAACUGCAAAUAGAGUUUAGAAGAGAGAUUAUUGUGUGGAAAUAUUUGUUAAAUAUCACAAUAUAACUUUUGCUAAUCAUAAUAAUCUUGAAAUACUGUACUGUACAUAUAUUUUAUAAGUCAACACAGUAUUUAAGUACAAGGUGGAUGACAGUGUAAAGUGCCUCUAACAGCAGUCAUUGUCAAUAUGAGGUGGAUGACAGUGUAGAGUACCUCUAAUAGCAGUGUCAGUAUGAGGUGGAUGACAGUGUAGAGUACCUCUAAUAGCAGUGUCAGUAUGAGGUGGAUGACAGUGUAGAGUACUUCUAAUAGCAGUGUGAGUAUGAGGUGGAUGACAGUGUAGAGUACCUCUAAUAGCAGUGUCAGUAUGAGGUGGAUGACAGUGUAGAGUACCUCUAAUAGCAGUGUCAGUAUGAGGUGGAUGACAGUGUAGAGUACUUCUAAUAGCAGUGUGAGUAUGAGGUGGAUGACAGUGUAGAGUACCUCUAAUAGCAGUGUGAGUAUGAGGUGGAUGACAGUGUAGAGUACCUCUAAUAGCAGUGUGAGUAUGAGGUGGAUGACAGUGUAGAGUACCUCUAAUAGCAGUUUUCAGU